CUUCAUCCCUACAUUCUCUUCUUGUGGCAUCAUGGUUACUGCUUAGUAAGUGCUAAAACACAAGACACUAUAUAAACAAAGGCUUGGAUGUCUACUAGCCACAUUCUACCUUUUUGCAGUGAUUUCUACAGCAUCUGUGUUUUGUAGUUUGUGCAUUUCUAGUUGUAUAAUUGGCUGGAACUUUCAUUACCAACCAAAACCCUUCCGAGGUUCUUCUUUUUCAUCCUUAGAUUUUUAUUUUCAGUUUUCACACAAUGGCAGAUGCUACCAAGUCCUCAUCUAGGCCUCAAUAUUGUCAUGAAGUUUCCUGGUAUCCCCUGAGCUAUAGAUGGCCUAGAGUAGUCUUUAACCAACACUUUGGCUUACCUCCCUUAUUGGACUCCAGAGACCUUAGCUGGAUUGAAGGCAUCUUCAGAAGGCUGGGGACGUCUGCUUGGCCUGGGUACUUGCGAACACCUGUGCAGCAAAUCUCAAAGCUGCACAGAGAGAUGAGUGGAGGGAUGUCGGAAGUGGUUGGGGAGACGUGCAAGUGGAAAAUUAGCUUGGAUGUCAAUCACUUCGCUCCCUCCGAGAUUACGGUAAAAAUACAGGAUGGAUUCUUGGAAAUUUCAGGAAAGCAUGAGGAGAGACCAGAUGAGCAUGGCUACAUUGCUAGAUGCUUUACAAGAAAAUACAGGCUACCAGUUGGUGUUGAUGCUGAAAAUAUCCAGUCGCUUGUUUCUGUGGAUGGCAUUCUUACUGUGGAAGCACCAUUAACCAACAUUCCUCUCCCUGCUGAUGUCAUUAUCCCCAUCCAGGUGGAAGCACAAACCAUUAGUGGAAAACAACCGGAUGGCGAGAAGCCCCAAGAUAGUGUUGAAGCCGAAAAACCAGAGUCAUUUGAGACAUCAGCUGUACCUGGAGAACAUCUUGAAGAUGCUCAGGAACCUGAGGGAUAUCCUGCAGACCAGCAAACUGUAUCUGACUUUACCCAUCCUGAAGUAGGCCCAUCUGGAGAACCACCAGCUCAGUCCAUCUUAGAGCCAGCACCAGGUACAUUGGAGUCUGAAAGUGUUGAGGUUGGAGAAUCCAGAGAUGUCAGAGAAGGAGUCGUUCAAGAGGCAGUUGAGGACAUUGAAAAAGCCAGAGAAGAAGUCCAUGAGUUUGCAGACAAGCCCCAGGCUCCAGAGACUCCAGACACUGUCAUCUCAGACCAAGGAGAGCAGGAGGAGGUCAUCCAGAACGGGCAGCCCCAGGAGCUGGAGGGUGAAGGUUAUACAGACACUGCUGUGACUGAAGAUGAGCAAUCAACCUUCAAGCAAACCCAAGAGGUGUUCGACCCUCAGCUGGUGCUCCAAAAGGAAAUGGAUGUAGAGCAAACUAAAGUGACCAAGUAGUAUUUUAGCCACAAUACAGCAACAUCCCAUGCUCAUUCCUUAGCCACUUAAAGGUGAAGUGUAUCACUUUUCGAUUUUUCAUUAAAAUACUUUCUCCUAUCGCAACUUAAUAUGCAGAGACUCUAAGUCUAUAAUAUAAGUACGCCAUUUGAAGGUUAAUUCCCCUGAAAUGUGUAAACACCAUGGUGUAAGUUUGGGGCAGGACAAUCUGUUUGACCAACCAAUGAAAGAUGUGGGGUGUGGUUGGGAAACUAUUUGAAAAUUCCAUUUGAUGAUGAUCAUGGUGCAAAAAUGACACACUUCACCUUUAAUUCUCAUAGUUUUUUUUUUAUUAUUACUGUA